GCGGGCGAGGCCCUAAAACCCGGCCCCGGCCGCCGCCGGGCAGCGCAGGAGCCGCGGAGCAGCGCGGCCAUGCCCGCCCCCACCGCGCACCGCAGCCUGGCCGCUGCCGCCCCCGCCGGCAAGGCCAAGCUCACGCACCCCGGCAAGGCCAUCCUGGCGGGUGGUCUCGCCGGAGGGAUCGAGAUCUGCAUUACAUUCCCCACCGAAUAUGUGAAGACGCAGCUGCAGCUGGACGAGAAGGCCAACCCGCCCCGCUACAAGGGCAUCGGGGACUGCGUGAAGCAGACCGUCCGUGACCAUGGCAUCCGGGGGCUGUACCGGGGCCUCAGCUCGCUUGUGUACGGCUCCAUCCCCAAGGCCGCCGUGAGGUUUGGCAUGUUCGAGUUCCUCAGCAACCAGAUGAGAGACGAGAAGGGCCGGCUGGACAGCACGCGGGGCCUCGUCUGCGGGCUGGGCGCCGGCGUGGCCGAGGCAGUGGUGGUGGUGUGCCCCAUGGAGACCAUCAAGGUGAAGUUUAUCCAUGACCAGUGCUCCCCCAAGCCGAAAUACCGCGGCUUCUUCCAUGGCGUCAGGGAGAUCGUUCGGGAACAGGGGCUGAAGGGGACCUACCAGGGCUUAACCGCAACCGUCCUCAAGCAAGGAUCCAACCAGGCCAUCCGCUUCUUUGUCAUGACAUCCCUCAAGAACUGGUACAAAGGGGAUGAUCCCAACAAAGUCAUCAACCCCUUCGUCACAGGGGUGUUCGGAGCCCUCGCAGGAGCUGCGAGCGUCUUCGGCAACACCCCCUUGGACGUGGUGAAGACCAGGAUGCAGGGGCUGGAAGCGCACAAGUACAAGAGCACCUGGGACUGCGCCUACCAGAUCAUGAAAUACGAGGGACCCCUGGCGUUCUACAAGGGCACGGUGCCUCGCCUGGGCCGCGUCUGCCUCGACGUGGCCAUCGUCUUUGUCAUCUAUGACGAGGUGGUCAAGUUCCUCAACAAGGUGUGGAAAACAGACUGAGCAGCGCGGGCUGGGGCGGCCGCGCGCCUCCGCCGCCACCACGAGGCUGCAGCUGGAGAGCGAUGACCAAGGCCGGAGCUGCCGCCGCCGCCAAGGGCCCAAGUCUCCCACACGUGUCUGCGGGCCGGGAUCACCACCCGGCCCUCCUGUCCCCCCCCUCCGCCAUCCCGGCAGCCUUUAUUUAUAGGAACAAGCUGUGGAGCAGUUUAAAUUAUUAGUUGUGCACGAGCAUGGCCGGGGAGGCGGGGGCAGCUGUCCCCCCGUGCCCCAGGCUGUGCCCGCCCGGAGGACGGUGGCGUUGUGUCCCAGGGGGAUGCACCAGCCCCAUUCCCCGGUUGGGAUGAGCCUGGUGCUGCCUCCUCGCAGCCCCUGGUUCUGCACCCCGCAGCACCCCGGCAGCCAGCAGCUGCAGCCCCUCAAGCUGCUGGCUGCUUGGGGCUGCUGAGAGCCGUGCACGUGCAAUGCCCCAGCGCUGCCCUUGGGAUGCGCCGGGCUCCCAGGCUGCUGGGGGUGCAGCACCUCACCCCAAGUACCCCUCACCCUGGGGUGCUGAGCAGGCACCACCCAAAGUCGCCCAGGCCCUUAAUUUCUUUACCUGGGGGCCAGGACCGGGGCGAGCCGGGUGCCCCCUCCACUUGCGGUUUACAGUUGAGACGCGUGCGAGAGACGGGGCGAGGAGGCGCAGCCCCCGUCUCAGACUUGGCCCCUUGGCACAUCCCCUCAGCCAGGGGCGACCUCCGAUGCAAAACCCUUCUUCCACAUUCCCCCCCUGCCCUCCCGCCGCCUCGCGUUCCGCUCCCCGAGGCGGCCCCGUAGGUGACCCCGUAGCUUUCGGAGCUUCACCCCGACCCGCUGCUAACACCCGCGCCGCAGCCUUGCCCUGCCCCGCGCCGGGGCUCGGCCCCUCCGCGAUCGUGCCAAAACUUUCCCCCAGGGGAGCGGGCGCGGGGCUCGAGCUGCCCUCCCCUCGUGCUGUCAGCACCGAGCACAGCCUUAACACUAGCGCGGGAGGGCCAAGGAGGAAAGAGGAAAGCCUGGGAGCGAUUCCCCUGGGGCUUUCUGCUUUGAAGCCAGUGAGUUGUUGUUUUUUUUAUUAUUAUUAUUAUUAUUCUGUUUUACAUUCGCAAUUUGAAUAAAAUCAGUCUGGCUUUAGCGGC